UCAAACAACUAAAAGUCAAUUGCCAAGUUAAGCUCUCUCCUGCGAAUCGGCGACCGGUUUAAGCACGUCAUCCGACUCCCGAUAUCCUAAACGGUAACUAAGUAAUACCCGCUGCGGCUAAGAGACUUCGUCAGUAAUUCAAGACACCUCCAGGGCUAGCUAAAAGCUCCAAUAAAAGUCUCUUUUUCCUAUGAGAGCUUGACUAUUUGGUCGACCUCUUUAUCUGUAUAUUUCAUCAUUUUGCCCUGUCAUACAUUCAGUUAUCGAAACGCUUCACCUACGUUGAGAGAAUCUGUGUUAUAGUUGGGAAAAGAUGGCAACCAACAUAACCUGGCACCCCUCCCUAACCCGGCGCGAGCGCAACGCGAGCCGGGGGCAGAAGGGCUUCACGCUGUGGUUCACGGGGCUCUCAGCCUCUGGCAAGUCGACGGUGGCGACGGCGCUGGAGCAGCACCUGCUGCACCUAGGCGUGGCCGCGUACCGGCUGGACGGCGACAACGUGCGGUUCGGGCUGAACAAGGACCUCGGCUUCAGCGACGCCGACCGCCAGGAGAACAUCCGCCGCAUCGGCGAGGUCGCCAAGCUGUUCGCCGACAGCUCCACCGUCGCCAUCACCUCCUUCAUCUCGCCCUUCCGCGCCGACCGCCAGCUCGCCCGCGACCUGCACGCCGCCGCUAGCCAGGGUGCCGGCGCCGACGACGACCCCAUCCCGUUCGUCGAGGUCUACGUCGACGUGCCCAUCAGCGUCGCCGAGCAGCGCGACCCGAAGGGCCUGUAUAAAAAGGCCCGCGCCGGCGAGAUCAAGGAGUUCACCGGCAUCAGCAGCCCGUACGAGGCCCCCGAGAGCCCGGAGAUCGUGAUCAAGACCCACGAGAACUCCGUCGAGGAGUGCGUCGCCCAGAUCGUGAAGUGGCUCGAGGAGAAGGAGUUGAUCCCUACGCAUACUCAGACUGCUACCGCGGCCGAAGCCGCCGGUCAGUCCGGCAAUGCUGCUCUAGCUUCGUAAAAGACGGUUCGGUUAGUAUAUAUAGUAAGAAAGGGAAUUAGGACGUGAAAAAUAGGCGUAUAUCCGUCAGUUCACUGGUAUGACAAUUCGGCUGCCACGUAGAGAUGAGAUAAGGCGAGACAUUGGAUCCUGAAUAGACUUGUCUCCGGAAAAAGUAUACACAGAUAAU